CCGCAAGCCACUACCCUUGCCCAAAAACACAAUGUCCCUGACAGAGGCAACCGCCAACCCCCCUCCUUCCCAGGAGAACUCUUUUCCGCCCCCUGUCCUGACCCUCAGCAAAUGCAUCCUCCGCCCCAUCCACCCAAUGGAUGCGCCGGCCAUCCAGCGCGCGUGUAACUCGCCCGUCAUGGCCAAAUACAUGUCGUACCGCUUCCCGUCGCCAUAUACCAUUGAAGAUGCCCACCGGUGGAUUGGGAUAGCUUCGUCCUUUCGGGUACCCGGCAGCCCGGACAUCCUGCCUUCGCUGGUUAUCUGCGACCCGGCCACCAACGAGGUGGUUGGCUCGAUCGGGAUCAAGACCAAGGAGGACGUUGAAGAAUUCAGCUUUGAGAUCGGGUACUGGAUCCGCGAGGCGAGCUGGGGCAAGGGAAUCAUGACCGAGGCAUGCCGGGCGUACUGCAAGUGGUUGUUUGAGAUGUAUCCCAAGGUGAACCGGUUAGAAGCGGACGUGUUUGAGGGUAAUUAUGCGAGCGUGAAGGUGCUGGAGAGGUGCGGGUUCGUACACGAAGGGACCAAGAGGAAGGCGGGUACAAAGCAUGGGCGGGUGUUUGAUAUUUGGGUGUACGGGUUGCUGAGGGAGGAAUGUGAACUUCUGAACUAGUGCACGGCUCGAUGGACAAGGGUCGUUGGGCGUGAGACCGAGAAAAAACCGGGCUAGGGAUAUGUGUGUGAUUCAGAGAAAACGAGACUGCCUAUGCCUCGAGGC